GCUUGUGGGGAAGGCUGCCUCUAGGCAAAUUCAUCUGGGUAUCACCAAGCCCCACCUUCCUCAGCUGGGCUGGGCCUUCCUCUCAGGUGAGAGUUAAGCUCAGGUGUGUGAGGGAAGGCUGAAAGGCAACAUUUCCUGCUAAAGAGACGGAAUAAGAAUUCCAGGUGGAUCUGAGGCAACAUUUCCUGCUAAAGAGACGGAAUAAGAAUUCCAGGCUCUCAAUUGCAAGCAGAGCUACUGAACAAGCCCCUUUUUAUUGGCUGAGGCUCCUCCCCCUCCUGAUCCUCUGAGGAAGGAAGGAAAGAGCCUGAAAGCAAACAGUGAAGAAGGAGACGAGAACCUGGCUGGUGACUCAUUCCGUUGUAACCAAGAAAGCAAGCAGGUGAGAAAGCAAACCCCAGGAGGCUCUCUCUUGCUGUUGUGUUCUGCAACCCCCGAGGCGUAUAUUGUUGCUACAACACACAAAAGGCUUGGCUGGAUGGAGAAGGAUCCCGGCUACAGCAGGUGAAAAAUGUCACGACAUUGGCGCCACAAGUUGGAAGUUGCCGUCCUGAGCUUCAUUGGCUUCACUGGGUUCUUUUUCCUCUUUCAAAGCAACAAGAAUGGCCCAGGCCUGAAAGAGGCAAUAGGCACUCCUGUCACCAUCCCACCGAUAAUUACUGAACGCCCCAAGCCUAUUGCUGAGUGUUGGGAGAAUGUGUUGGUGGCCAAUAUCUCUGGGUUUGCAAAACUUCCUGACCACAUCAAGGACUUCUUGAGAUAUAAGCACUGCAAGGAGUUCCCUCUGCUUCUGGAUAUGCCAGAUAAGUGUGGAGGCCCAGACAAAUCCUAUGACACCUUCUUGCUUCUCGCUAUCAAGUCAUCUCCGGGGAAUUAUGAACGGCGUGAAAUCAUCCGCAAGACUUGGGGCCAGGAACGAACGUACGCAGGCGUCAAUAUUCGGAGGCUCUUCUUGUCUGGGCAGGUGGCCAAUGCUCGUGAUGCUAGGAAAACUAACCAGCUCUUGAAAAUUGAGGCAGAAGAGAAUGGAGACAUCCUCCAGUGGAAUUUCCUCGACAGUUUCUUCAACCUGACGCUCAAGCAAGUCCUCUUCCAUUCCUGGAUGGAGGCCCACUGCCCCGGUGUCCGUUUCGUCUUCAAUGGGGAUGACGAUGUCUUUGCCAACACGGAUAAUAUUAUCCGCUACUUGCUGGAUGUCCCAGGUGCAGGAGAUGAACACCUCUUUGUUGGCCAGCUUAUUACCAAUGUGGGCCCCAUCCGUGAGAAGUGGAGCAAAUAUUAUGUACCGGAGCAAGUGACUGCCUCCAAGUCCUAUCCCCCUUACUGUGGCGGCGGGGGUCUUCUUAUGUCCGGCUACACUUCACGCACCAUCUACAAGGAAUCCCUGGGCAUCGAGCUCUUUCCAAUUGAUGACGUGUACUUGGGGAUGUGUCUCGAGAAAGCAGGGCUCAAACCUUCUUCUCACAUGGGCAUCCGGACGGUGGGUGUGCACGUGCCUUCCUCCAAGUUGGAGUCCUUUGACCCCUGCUAUUACAAGGAACUCCUUCUGGUCCAUCGCUUUGUGCCCUACGAGAUGCUGGUGAUGUGGAGAGCCAUCCACCAGCCCAACUUGAUCUGUGGGAAGAAAAUGGAGGUCUAUCAGAGUCUCUGAAGAACCCUGGGGUUGCAUGGGAGGCAGGGCUUGAAAUGGACGGUGAUAAUGGACUACAUAUUUAUUUUGAUUGGCUUGUAUUUCGCAGCCAGUAUGUGACUUGGUUUGGUUCCCCUAAUGCCCCCAUAGUCCAAUGGAAAGGUGAGAACCAUUUUAGGGAAACUGAUAUUAAAAUAUGACUCAAAGAAA